UUCUUUGUCCGAAUUGAUGCGCCUCGAGUUCCUUGGUACUGUCCAAGAAAAUCAGCAAGUUCAAGUCCUGGACUCCUCCAAUCUAAAGCUGGAGAAGCAGCAGCAUCAUCAUCAGCAGCAGCAGCCGCAGAAUUUCCGUCUUCCAUCGUUCUGCCUUCGAGCAAGGAUGGAACUCUCCUUCGACACAAGCGAAGGCGGACUGCUAGCAGUGGACUCGCACCGCUCGGUGCCAGCUCCCUUCCUCACCAAGACAUUCCAUCUCGUUGACGAUUCCAGCACGGACGACGUCGUCUCCUGGAGCGAAGACGGUACCACGUUCGUCGUCUGGCGACCCCCGGAAUUCGCCAAGGAUAUCUUGCCGAAUUACUUCAAGCACAAUAACUUCUCCAGUUUCGUCCGGCAGCUCAACACCUACGGAUUUCGAAAGAUCGUCUCGGACAGAUGGGAGUUCGCAAACGAGUACUUCCGCAAGGGACAACAGGACCUCCUCUGCGAAAUUCACCGGAGGAAGACCGGGCAGCCGAACACGAUGCAACCAAUCCGACAAACCAGCACUGCAGAAGAUAUCCUCUGGUCGCACGUCACCACCACCUCUCCAGUCCCAUCCCCACGGGCUCCACACUUCACAGCAGCAGUGUCCAUCUGCGACGAGAACGAGCGACUGCGCCGGGACAACUGCAUUCUAAUGUCGGAGCUCUCCCGCCUCCGAAGGCUCAACGACGAAGUCCUCCUGUUCGUGCAGAACCAAGCUCGGAUGCCCCUCCAGCAGGAUCUCAGCUGCAUCAAGUGGCUCAAGUACAACACCCUCCCACCACUGCUGCCACCGCCACCGGCUUCUCCAAGAUUCGAGGAAAUUGUCGAGGAUCGCAGGCCUGCCACCAGAGUCGCACACAGCAGCCGCCUCUCUUCCAUCGUUUCAAUGGCUGCCACCAGGCCGACUUCCGCUUCUACGCCUUACGUGAAAGACACUCCACCGAAGGUCCCAACACUGUGCUUGCUGGAGAGCAAGGCCAAGGAGCUCUCGUCCUCUACGACCGAUGCUUCUUCCAAAGUCACUUCAUCGAGCUCGUCCGAUGAUUCGCCCAAGCUGUUUGGAGUGCCUCUCAACGGGAAGAAGAGGCCACACUCCCCGAGCAGCGACUCGUCGUCUCAGGCACGGCUAAAGAGCCCGCGGCCGGAUAUUUCACUCCAGCUCGGCACGGAUCCCUGUUGGUUAAAAGUUUGCAAAUCUGUCAGUGAGAAAAUAUUCAUCUGACUUCCCAGGUGAUAAUUACCCAAUACCCGUUGAUGCAAAAAAGUACGCGACGAUUUAGCUGAUUGUAACGAAAGUCGUUAGAAGGAAAGAACAAAAAAGAGCAAAGAAAAAUCUGCCACAGGCAGCAAAUCAAUCGCC